AUAGCCGCAAAUUUAAAGUAAAACAAAUUCGUAAUUAAAUUAAAAAAAAAAGAUGAAAAAAUUUCUAAUAAUAUUUAUAUUGGUGGCUUUAUUCGGUCUAAAUUUUGGAGCCGUUGUUGUACGUUUGAAUGAUAAUAAAUUGCAUCCGUAUGUAACAAGAUCAAAUCAUAUAUUGAUGGAGGAUAUCGACAAAAGUCAAUGGACUGAUGAAGGUAUAAACACUUCUGAAGAGUCCAUUAACUGGCAUUUAUUGAACAAAAUCUCCAAUGAACAAGGCGAUGGCUUAAACACAUUCUUGGUUAAGUUGUUCCUUGAACAAAUUAACUCAUCAAUUAAGCAAUUAAGCGAAGAGGGAAAUAUUUCAACAAAUAGGCAUAAUCUGAAACGUGACAUACCCGAUGUAGAACGAUGUGGUUGCAAUCAGGUCUCUAAUGAAGGCUCCCAAAAACACGAUUUAUAUAUGGAAUAUAAGUUGAAAAAACCCCGUCACAAACGUGAAUAUCAAACGCUUCCACAAGGGGACAGAUUUGAGCGUACAAAAAGACGACCUGGUAGAUCGAUAAAUGAUUCACCUGAUAAAAAGUCAACCUGCGGAUGUCACGCUAAGAUUGUUAGUCCUGAAAGCGCCGAUAAAUCAGAUGAAAAAAUAAAUUUGCAGCAAGAAAAAGCGAGAAGACGUAGAUCGAACGAUAAAUCUUCCGAAGAAAAUUCAUCCGAAGAAAUGAAAGUCGUAGUUAAAAUUGAUGAUAAGCCAGAUGAAGUUAAAUUGGAACCAAAAGAAAAUUUAAGAAAGCGUAGAUCAUGUGACAAGUCUUCUGAAGAGGAUUCGUCCGAAGAAAAGAAAGUAGUAGUUAAAGUAGAUGAUAAGCCAGAUGAAGUUAUAUUGGAACCGAAAGAAAAUUCAAGGAAGCGAAGAUCAACUCUCAAGUCGUCCGAAGAGGGGUCAACAGAAGAAAGGAAAAGCGUAGUUAAAAUUGAUGAUAAGCCAGACGAGGUUAAAUUGGAACCAAAAGAAAAUUUAAGAAAACGUAGAUCGUGUGACAAAUCCUCUGAAGAGGAUUCAUUCGAAGAAACGAAAGGAGUAGUUAAAGUUGAUGAUAAGCCAGACGAAGUUAAAUUGGAACCGAAAGAAAAUUCAAGGAAGCGGAGAUCAACCCUCAAGUCUUCCGACGAGGGGUCAACAGAAGAAAGGAAAAGCGUAGUUAAAAUUGAUGAUAAGCCAGACGAGGUUAAAUUGGAACCAAAAGAAAAUUUAAGAAAGCGUAGAUCGCCCGACAAGUCUUCUGAAGAGGAUUCGUCCGAAGAAAUAAAAGUCGUAGUUAAAGUUGAUGAUAAGCUAGAUGAAGUUAAACUGGAACCAAAAGAAAAUUCAAGAAAGCGUAGAUCGUGUGACAAAUCUUCCGAAGAGGAUUCGGCCGAAGAAACGAAAGUUGUACUUAAAGUUGACGAUAAGCCAGACGAAGUUAAGCUGGAACCAAAAGGAAAUUCAAGAAAGCGUAGAUCGUGUGAUGAUUCUUUAGACGACGAUUCGUGUGGAGGUGAGUUUGUGUGGGAAUCAAGAAAGCGUAGAUCAACACAUAAACCGUCUGGAGAAAAUUCUUCAGAAGAUCCAAAAGUUGCCGUAAGUAAGGUGGAAAACAGAGCCUCGCCUGAAGCAUUGCCCAAACGGCUUAGUUCGAAUGACGUUUUAUCCAUCGAGAUCCUUUCGAAGGAGCAAAAGCGGAACUUACAUGAACUUCUUAUAGCAGAUUUUGACGCUUACAAAUUAAAAGUUUCUCAACAGAAAAAUAACAGGAGCGAAAAUUUAUCAACCGAGACGAAAUCAGGUGACCUGUCGAACACUUAUAUUAGCGGCAAUUCUGCUACGCCGGAUAACUUUGCAGAUGAUUAUGUACAAGGCUGUGAAGGAUAUGACCAAAAUUUCAGCGAGGCUAACGAAACCACAUACAAUGAUGAUAGCGAAAACAAAGCUGACAAAAAAUAAUUUUACGUCUGCUGUUAUGUGAAGGGAAAAGGAAAAAUCGAUGAGAAAAACAGUAGCAAACUAAUUUUGGAUAUGCGUAGACAUUGAUUGCAUAUUGAUCUUAAUAUAAGGAAGAUAUGCCCUAUAAGUAAACUUAUUGUUUUUUCAGUAUGCAAGAUCACUAUAUAAUAAAAUAUUAAUGCUUCAAUUCAAAGGGUUAUCUGUCGAUAAUAGCAAAGAUCAAUUCUUGCGAAUUGUGGCGUUGUAAUCUUUCCCGAUCGACAUUGAUCAAUUCUCAAGUGAUAAGAAUUGUAUGACAGGCAGUAGGAAUUUUUGAAAAUAUUUAAAUAAUAUUUAUUCUUCUUCUUUCUUACAAAUUGCGCAGUGUUUUGUUUUUGUGUUUUUUCUUAUAGAAAAAUGGAAAAUAAAUUUAGUUUUGCUCAUGAUACUGUCACACA